AUGGGCAGCGAGCUCGAGGAGCUUCGAGGCGAGGCGGCGAGGCUUGAGGCCGAGCUCGAGAAAACCCGAGAGCUCAAUAGACAGGCGGCGGAAGCAGGGCUACAACUGUUGACUGAAAAGGAAGAACUUAACCACCGGGUUUCCGGUCUACAAUCGGAGAUUGAGGUGGCCCGCAGUGAGGUCGAUGUUCUGACAAAGAAACUAGACGAGUUCCAAAGCAAACACAAAGCCGCGGCCAAAUCGGAGUUAGAAAAUGAGCAAGCCCUAUUGGCGGAAACUAGCGAGAAGGAGCGAGUGUAUGAGGGGCGAAUCGCUCAACUGGAGGAUGAAUGCCAUAAAAAGACAAAGGAGCUCGAGCGCACGCAAACCGAGCUGGACCGUCUACAAAAUGCAUAUGCCGAGGUGGGGGAUGCGACGCGAAUCUUGGAAGAGGAGGGGCGUCGUCUGAAGAGAGAGCUGAAAGAAGUACGGGAAUCGGAGCAACGAUUGAAUGCCGAGAGAGAAGACCUCGAACUCGACAAUAUUGGACUGCAAAAAACGGUGGCAAAUUUGCGAAGUGCCCAAGUGGAAUUUGAUGCGAUGAAGAUGACCUAUCAAGAACGAGACGAAGAGAUUUACUUCUUGAAAGCUGCUCUCGAUGAGAAUGAAAAGCUCCGCGCCAUCGCCAUUGCUCAGAUGGAGGAGGCGCUGCAGACUGCACAUCAAGAACGAGAACAGCGGCUAGCGAUGAAGAGGGAAUUGGAGGCGUCGAAAAACGCCGAGCAUAUGAAUAAUAUGCAUAGUUUGCAUGAUCUGAUGCAGCGAUUGACGAGUGAUGGAGAUGAAGAGGGAUCCGAACCUCACCCGCCUGCAAACGACCUCUUUUCGGAGCUUCAAGGCUCUGGAGACUCGCGGAUACAAGAGCUCGAAACGACCCGCGAUCGAUUGGAAGAGCAGGUAGCGGCCGCUGAGAAGACGACUGUGGACUUUGUACGAGCCCUCUGCCAGAAGAUGAACAUCAACCUCAAUUCCGACCUCGACUUUCGCUAUGCGCGCCAACAGAAAGACCUAGUGCUUGAGCGACUUGAUGCCCUGAUGAAGUCAGGCUCGGAUCCUGAAGCCGAAAAGAAAGCACAAACUAUGAAGGGCGAUCUGAGGAUACUGUUGCUGCUAGCUGGUGAAAGAAAUGCACAACUGGCUGCGGCGCAAGACAUGAUGAUCUCCUUGUCAGACUCCCUCUAUCAAUUUUACCAUCAAAUGGCGCAAAGCGCAGGGAUCCCGAAUGACCGUCAGGUAGUAGACGUCGUGAAGAGGUUGCGGACGUUGGCGAAAGAAAAUGCUGAGGAGCAGCCACACGUCAGCCUGGCUGAUGAGGGCCUUGAAAGCGGCACAGAGACCGAAAGCGGUGGCGCACGCGCUUCCAUCCCCUUCAAUGCGGCUCGCUCGGUACUGCCACCGGGCUUUAUCCGUGAAGUGGAUGGACGUCUAACUGGAACCCGAACCGCCCAAAUAAUGCAAGACGGGGAUCUUCGCCAGCGCGUGAUGUCGGACGAACGAGCGCCCAUUGUUGAGACUUCGGAGGCUGUACAUAAGCUUGUCCUUGCCGUCCGCCGCUGUGCCGAGCAGACGAUGAACACUCGAGUUGAAGCUUCGGGUCAAGAAACCGAAGAAGUCCUGCUACAAAACAUUAAGCUCCGUUCACUGUUAUCGACCAAACGCGACCAAAUUUCGACACUGCGGACAGUGUUGAAAUCGAAUAAGAUCACGGCUGAGACUGCGCUGAAUUCCCUACGCGACAAAUACGAGAGCGAAAAGCGGCUCUCACAUGACCUGAUGGAAAAGCAGCGCAGAGAGUUGAAGCAAUUAAAGGAAGAUGCAGCAACCUUUGCGGCUCAUCGAGCAAUGUUCACUGCCAGAUGCGAAGAAUUGCAGGCUCUGGUUGACGAGCUGAAGGCUGAAAACAAGAGUAACGAGGAUGAAAAGAGGACUUUAAAUCAACUACUGCGGAUGGCUAUCCAGCAAAAGCUGGCGCUAACGCAACGUCUAGAAGACGUCGAAGUGGCCCAAGAUCGAUCGACUAUCGGCCGGCAGCAAAGAAAUGGUCGUCAGCAGCCUGCACUGCGCGAGAAUGUCCCACGUGCCGUCAGGUAUCCACCAGGCGGUGGAGGUGGUCCCAAUUCGAGCCGGAAACGAGAUCAUCCGCCCAUAAAC